ACUUAUCCCGGGAUAACUUUCACUGCCGUUUGAGCGUUUAGACCGACGUUAAGACCGUGUUUUGGGGCUCGUUUUUGGCGAUGAGACUGAAGGGAAGAGGACAGUCACUGUAAGGUACUGUAAAAGAAGCCUGCCAUGUCCGGUCCCACCUGGCUUCCACCGAGGACUCUGGACAGCCCUGAGCGAGCCGUCCCCCAGAUGUCUCACUCUGCCGGAUCAGCCAUCUACAGGGCCCCCAACAAGAAGGGGACAUCUGACUUUCGGCCAAAAUACGGCCCCUAUGACCAGAACGGAGGAGGAGGAGGAGGGGGGAUGGCCAACAGGUACAUGGCUACCGGACCCACAGGUGGGCCAAUUCAUCAUUCGUCAAGCGAUCACUACUAUCCCCCUCCCCACGGUCCCAAAGAAGACCGCACCUGGAGCCCUCACAUGGACAGCUACGAGCUGAUGCACCGUGGACCCGAAAAGCCAGCGAGCUAUCACUCCAAAAUCGAUGCAGAGAUUGACUCCCUCACCAGUAUGCUGGCUGAUCUGGACAGCCACCCACAGGACUCCAGCGCACAACUGUACGACAACGUGCCUUACAACAAGUACCUCUCAGGGGAUCACUACAAGCCCGCGCACCAGAGCGCAGCCCCUCCUCAGGGUCGACCAUCCAUGGGCUACCCCCCUCACCCCCAGAGCCAGUACCACCCGGCGCCGCCGUACCCCAGCGAGCACCAGUCCCCCCAGUACUCCACCUCCCACCAGCAGGACUACUACUCCAGCUCGACCCCCAAGCCCUACCCUCAGCCCGUCCCGGCCUCCUACACCACCGCCUCCACGCCCACCGGGCCACGGUUCAGCGUCCAGGUCAAGACGGCGCAGCCCGUCACCUACUCCCAGACAGGGAGACAAGCUGAGCAGGCGUACACCCCACCCCCUCCUCGCCAGCACGUGUCACGCCCCCCGCCCCAGACUCAGACAAGUCCGCAGGGCUGGUACCCUCCUCAUCCCGGCCCACAAGCUCAGGAGAUGCACUCUGAGGCGGCCUACAAGGGGGGCGGCUCAGGACCUGGAGGAAGAGUGAACCAGGUCCCGCUGUCCAAGAGAGGGAUGGAGAAUAAUCAAACGGGGUCCGGGGCCGCGCAGAGUCCUGCUUAUCAGUCCAGCAAGCAGAGCAUAGCGACAAGCAGACCCGAGGAAGAGCUGGAUCGACUCACCAAGAAGCUGGUAUAUGAUAUGAACCACCCCCCCGUCGAGGACUAUUUCGGCCGCUGCGCCCGCUGCGGGGACAACGUGGUCGGCGAUGGCAGCGGCUGCAUCGCCAUGGAGCAGGUGUUCCACGUGGAGUGUUUUACAUGCAUCACCUGCCACGCCCGUCUCCGGGGGCAACCGUUCUACGCCCUCGACAAGAAGAGUUACUGCGAGAGUUGUUACAUUAGUACAUUAGAGCGCUGUUCAAAGUGCUCCAAACCCAUCCUGGACCGGAUCCUGCGGGCCAUGGGGAAGGCCUACCACCCUCGCUGCUUCACGUGUGUGGUGUGUAACUGCUGCUUGGACGGGGUGCCCUUCACCGUGGACGCGACCUCUCAGAUACACUGCAUAGAUGACUUUCAUAGGAAGUACGCUCCUCGCUGUUCGGUUUGUGGCGAGCCCAUCAUGCCUGAACAGGGCCAGGAGGAGACGGUGAGGAUCGUAGCUCUGGACCGCAGCUUCCACGUUAACUGUUACGUCUGUGAGGAAUGUGGUCUCCUGCUGUCCUCUGAAGGGGAGGGUCGAGGCUGUUACCCGCUGGACGGCCACAUCAUCUUGUGUAAGAGCUGCAGCGCUCGCCGCAUCCAGGACCUCUCGGCCAAAAUCUCCACUGACUGCUAACAAACCUCUCUCCCCGCUCCGCCCUCUCACUCUCUCCACGCUCACAGCAUUCACACUUUAUCGAUGGCGCAGACAGGAAAUGCCGCUUCGCUCAGAGGUGCUUUUUUUUGCUUUUUUUUUCGUGGUUGCUCUGAGUUGACAUAAACGUUGCAAUAGUUCCCUCUGUUGGUAUCCAGCUGUAAUUCAUCUGCAGAGACGGAGCAGACACCUCAUUAGUUUCCUUUCGUUCACGGUUUACUCCAUUUUCCUUGUUUUGGUACUCAGCUGCCACGUUUUUCAUGUUUAGUUCAGUGUGAGAGUGACCUGACCUGCAGGCAGUUUGGGCUACACUUCAUCGGUACUGCUCAACUAUUAACGCACACAUUAUUAUUACUGUCGAAGACAAAUAAAGGAAUACUUUAUGGAGCCAGAUCAAGGACAAAAGGGUGUGUUCUUAAAAAUGUAAAAAUAAUAAUAAUGAUAAUUUUAAACUGAAAGUUCAGGUUUUGAUG